AUGCGAAGACCCCUUUUCCUUUGCAUUGUCAACACAUUAAGUGCAACUAACCGUUACUUCCAACAACACCCAGAUGCUACCACGCGUCUUGGUGCUUCACCCCUUCAGAAAUGCACAACAAUCAUACGUAUGUUAGCUUAUGGUUGUUCUGCUGAUCAAGUAGAUGAGUAUCUGAAGCUCGGUGAAAGCACUGCUAGAGAAUGUCUUACACAGUUUGUCGACGGAGCUCAAUUUGCAAAUGAGUACCUUCGCAAGCCAACAUUGGAAGAUAUCCAACGCCUCCUUAGAGAAGGAGAGGAUAGAGGUUUCCCUGGCAUGUUGGGCAGCAUUGAUUGCAUGCAUUGGGUCUGGAAAAAUUGUCCAGCUGGAUGGAAAGGAAUAUAUCAAGGAAGAUCUAAAACGGUGACCGUUAUUUUAGAAGAUAUUGCGUCCAGAGAUUUAUGGAUUUGGCACGCCUUCUUUGGGACGUCUGUUGAAUCCUGCAACGACAUUAAUGUACUUCAACGUUCUCCGGUGUUUGAUGAUAUAAUAUAUAAUCGUGCUCCACAAGUUCUGUUCACUAUUAAUAGAAAUAAUUACAACAAAGGAUAUUAUCUCACAGAUGGGAUUUAUCCAAAAUGGUCUGCAUUCAUAGACGCUAUUGCAGUCCCACAAACCUUAAAGGAUAAAUUGUUCACUACACGUCAAGAGAGUGCUAGAAAGGAUGUUGAGCGUGCAUUUGGUGUGUUACAAGCUCGGUUUGCAAUAAUUAGGAAGCCUUCUUUGGCAGGGAGUGUAGAGUUGAUGUGGAAAAUCAUGAUGACUUGCAUCAUCAUCCACAACAUGAUAGUUGGAGACCAGCGUGAUACAUAUUUAAAUUAUAAAGAUCCAAUUGAAUUCUCCCAAGAACAGCCUAAAAAUAUGUCAAGGUCGUCCUCAACUGAACAUUUAACGUAA